CAUAUUUGUAUGCUAUUGAACUUGUUUAAUUACAAACUGUCUCCAUUGUCAAUUCGGUUAAUUAGCUGACCUUGGAUGACAGCUAGCGUGAAUAUAAACCUGUCCAUUCCUUUUAUUGACCACUCUUUUUACCUUUUGUUUCAUCUCUUCUCAACUGGUUUCUAUUUUACACAAUUUCUUUUGACACGUUUACCAUUGUAUUCAAUGAUCGGAUUCACUUCUUUGCGAAAUUGUGCUUGCCUUUUGGCAUUUUGGCUUAUUUAUUUUGUUUAAAACUGUUUAAAUUGUUUACUUUCUCAUUACAGCCUCAACACACAUUUGUUAUAUUUUAAUACUGAUUUCAUCAUCAUUAACGACUCAACUUUGAAUGAAUUUUUCCAUUCGUCAUUUGGUUCACCUGAAAUCAAUACGUGACAUUUAUUCAAAAUGUCUCAAUUUUCGGACACAGUCAAAACAAAUGGGUCUGCUACUCAACUCCAGCCUGAUCAUCUGUUUAACAAAAUUGCUGCAAUAAUAGGAUUCACGUAUCUUACCUCUUUGCUGAGUAUUUACAUGCUUGUCAAUGAAGAAGUCCAAGAGCCAUAUAUGGACGAAAUAUUUCACAUUCAACAAGUUCGUUCUUAUUGUGUUCAUAAUUUUACAUAUUGGAAUCCUAAAAUAACCACUCCUCCUGGACUUUAUUUCACAACAUGGGUUCUAUUCAAACCUGUAUCGGAGUUAAUUGCCUUUGCCGAAGAAGAUCCAAAUCGCAAGUGCCCUGUUCCUUUGGUUCGCUUCAUAAAUUUACUUUUUGCUGUUGGAAAUGUCUUACUUAUGUAUCUCAUUAGCUCAAAACAAAACAAAUAUACAGCUCGAAUGAGUCGCAUCAAAACUUUGGUUUCAGCCGUUUCAUUAUCAACAACUCCAGCUUUAUUUUUCUUUAAUUUUCUAUUUUAUACGGACUCUGGUUCCCUUUUCUUCAUACUUGCCAUGUAUUUUAUGCACAUAAGUGACCGAACUUGGACCGCGUCACUAUUAGGACUCGUUUCUCUAUUUUUCAGACAAACAAAUAUUGUCUGGUGUUUCUUUUUCGCCUCUUAUUCCUCUCUAAAAAUUCUCCAAUCAGCUCUUGAAAGAUCCAAAAAACGUUCGCGGCUUUUAUCUAAUUUAAUUUCAUCUAUACCUCAAAUACUCCUUAGUCUAGGUGGAUAUUUAAUAACUGGAUUACUAUUCGGUUUAUUUUUGUACUACAAUCAAGGUAUCGUUCUUGGAGAUAGAAGUGCUCAUCAGGCUACUUUUCAUCUGGCACAAAUUGUUUAUUUUCUCUUCUUUACUUGUCUUUUUGCCGCUCCUUGGAUAUUACUUAUCAACAAUUUGCGCAGAUUUAUUUUAUAUUGUUACCAAAAAUCGACAACAGUUAUCAUAAUAUCAAUUGCGUUAUUUCUCAUAAUCAAAUAUCAAAACUCGCCACAUUCCUAUUUGUUAGCUGAUAACCGGCAUUACACUUUUUAUCUGUGGAGAAGGAUACUUGGUAGUGAAAAGUAUUUCAUACGAUUUUCCUUGAUUCCUGUGUGCCUUUUAACAAGCUUGUCUUUCAUUAGUUUGCUUCAUCGAAAGGACAAUAUUUGGAAAUGUUUGUUCAUAUUAUCUAUUUGCAUAAUAACAAUACCGCAAGAGCUUUUGGAAUUUCGGUAUUUUGUGCCUGCUUUUGUCAUUUGGAGGUUGAAUAUCGCCUCAAACUCAUCCAUGUCGUUAACUCUGGAACUUGCUUUCAAUAUUUUUAUCAAUUCUUUAACAUUGUACAUGUUUAUUCUUAGGCCGUUUAAAUGGCCAAACAGCAAUGAGCUUCAACGCUUCAUGUGGUGAAAAAUAUUUAUUAAAAAAUUGAUGCUUCAA